AUGGCCGAACAAGCAGCUCAAGAACAACCUUCCGUGAUAAGAGAACGUUACUUAAAUAAUAUAAAUGGGACCGGAAACGGUAAUUUUCAGUCACAACUAGAUAGUACUCAGCAAAACCUUACCCCACCCUCUAGUCCAAAGAGACCGAAUUACCAACUGAAAUAUAGUAUGGUAGGUCACAAGAAAGCAGUGUCGAGUGUUAAAUUUUCUCCUGAUGGAAAGUGGUUAGCCAGUGCUUCUGCUGAUAAAACAAUAAAAAUUUGGAAUGCCCUUGAUGGUAAAUACGAAAAAACUUUUGAGGGACAUAAGCUAGGUAUAUCAGACGUUGCCUGGUCCGUAGACUCAAUGUCUUUGUGCUCUGGUUCCGAUGAUACUACAAUACGAAUCUGGCACUUGAAUAAGAACACAGCCGUUAAGGUUCUCAAAGGUCACACGAAUUAUGUUUUCUGCGUAAAUUAUAAUCCCCAAUCGAGUUUAAUCGUCUCAGGAUCAUUUGAUGAAAGUGUUAGAAUCUGGGACGCCAAAAACGGUAAAUGUUUAAAGACCUUACCAGCUCAUUCUGAUCCAGUUUCUGCUGUACAUUUCAACAGAGACGGUACGAUGAUUGUGUCAUGUAGCUACGAUGGUUUGAUUCGCAUCUGGGACACUGCGACAGGCCAAUGCUUGAAAACUUUGGUUGAUGAUGACAACCCCCCAGUAUCCUUUGUGAAAUUUUCACCUAAUGGCAAAUACAUUCUUGCUUCAACACUUGACAAUACAUUACGUCUUUGGAAUUUUCAUACUGGAAAAUGUUUGAAAACAUAUACCGGUCAUAUUAACAAUAAAUACUGCGUUUUCUCGAGUUUCUCAGUUACAGGCGGAAAAUGGAUUGUCAGUGGAAGUGAAGAUAAUAGUAUCUACAUUUGGAAUUUGCAAAGUAAAGAAAUAGUGCAAAAAUUGGAAGGCCAUACCGAUGUUGUUCUUACGAUCGCAUGCCAUCCUACAAAAAAUAUAAUCGCAUCCGGAUCAAUUGAUAAUGAUAGAUCCAUUUAUGACCGGUAUUAUUACCGACAAAAGUAG